UGGACUCACCGGGACGAUAAGUGAACCGCUGUGGAGGAUACUUUCUGAUGACUGCAGGUCAGAAUAAGCUAACAAGCAUCGCCGUCUCCGGCGAGUCUAUGCCGGAGGAGGCUGUAUAUAUUGCCGCCGGGAAGGCACAGAUAGACGGUGGCAAUCGGGAAGCGGCCGUGGUCGCGGCCGAGGUGGGCGAAGUAGUUAUUUGUGAUCAAAGGAUCGCGAGCGGGUCAGAUGCCAUGGAGGUAGAGCUCAUCGCAUCUGAGUCUACUUCCGUUCCAAUGGGGGACUCCAAUACGACUGAAUGCAAAGUUCUCCCCCUACAAUCUCCGCCUCCACGACCAAGCAACCAUCGCAAGAUUUCAUUAAUCCCUCUCAUCUUUCUUAUCUUCUACGAAGUCUCCGGUGGUCCUUUCGGCAUUGAGGACACCGUCGGCGCCGCCGGCCCCCUCCUCGCCAUCAUCGGCUUCCUCAUCUUCCCCUUAAUCUGGAGCAUCCCCGAGGCCCUCAUCACCGCCGAGCUGAGCACCAUGUUCCCCGAAAAUGGCGGCUAUGUGAUGUGGAUAUCAACAGCUUUUACUCCUUUCUGGGGAUUUCAACAGGGCUGCGUGAAAUGGUUCAGUGGUGUGAUAGACAAUGCAUUGUACCCAAUUCUCUUCCUAGAUUAUCUCAAAUCAAGCAUUCCUGCUCUCGAAGGAGGAUAUCCGAGAAUUCUUGCGGUCGUAGCACUUACUAUUGCCCUCACUUAUAUGAACUACAGAGGCCUGAAUGUAGUUGGCUGGGCUGCAGUUUGCUUGGGCAUCUUCUCCCUAUUGCCAUUUGUUGUCAUGGGCUUCAUCUCAAUCCCAAAGCUGAAACCUUCAAGAUGGGUAGUUACAGAUUUGCACAAUAUUAACUGGAAUCUGUAUCUAAACACGCUGUUUUGGAAUUUGAAUUAUUGGGAUUCGAUUAGCACUUUGGCCGGAGAAGUGCAUAAUCCUGGUAAAACACUCCCAAAGGCACUAUUUUUUGCAGUUAUCUUAGUUAUUACAGCCUACUUGUAUCCAUUACUGGCUGGCAUUGGCGGGAUUCCUCUUGAUAGAAAUCUAUGGACUGAUGGUUACUUCUCCGACAUCGCGAGAAUUCUCGGCGGAGUGUGGUUGAGGUGGUGGGUUCAGGCUGCUUCCGCGCUGUCGAACAUGGGUAUGUUUGUGGCCGAAAUGAGCAGCGAUUCGUAUCAGAUUAUGGGAAUGGCUGAGCGAGGAAUGCUUCCGGAGGUUUUUGGCAAGAGAUCCAAACAUGGAACUCCAGUAAUUGGCAUAUUGUUCUCAGCUUCUGGUGUUGUGUUGCUCUCCUGGUUGAGUUUUCAGGAGAUUGUGGCUGCUGAGAAUUUUCUUUAUUGUAUUGGAAUGUUAAUGGAAUUUGCGGCCUUUGUAAGGCUGAGGAUGAAAUAUCCGAGCGUUCGUCGUCCCUAUCGCAUUCCAAUGGGGACUUUGGGCUGCGGUCUGAUGCUGAUUCCGCCGUCGGCUCUGGUAAUUGCUGUGCUGGCUUUCUCUUCAUUGAAGAUUGUGCUGAUCAGUUUGGGUGGUUUGGUUGUUGGCUUAGUUCUGCAUCCCUUCUUGAAGUUUGUGAGGAAGAAGAGGUGGCUGCGGUUCUCUGUUAUGCCAGGCUUGCCAGAAUUUGAAGCAAUAUAAUCAAUCAUGGAGGAUGAUUAAGACUUGAGUUUUUUUUUUUUAAUGCAAUUUUUUAUAAAAGAAGAUGAA